AGAAUCUUAUAUUGGAAGAGCUUAUGCGAUCACUUACACAAUCACAGGGAUAUAUUUCCUUACUUAUAUGAAUCAAAUUAUUUGUAAUUAAUUGUAAAUAUCUGUUUCCUUAGUUAUAGAGAUACAACAUGUAUAUAUAUUAGAGAGGUAUUAUCAAUAAAACUAGUUUACUUGGGUAAUCUCAUUUUACAUGGUAUCAGAAGCGUGUUAAAAGAUCCUGAGAUUUCUUUUUGUUCAGCCAUGGGAACUGAAAGACGGACUGAUAAAAGCAUGGGAGAACUAGCAAGUCUGCCUCAACUUAAAGUUGCAGAUGCUUCUCCCUAUUCCUUGCAUCCAUUCGAUCACCCAGGUUUGAUUUUUGUUAUAGAUCCUCUUAGUGAAAAUGGAGAAAACUAUUUCACUUGGAGAAGAAAUUUUCUUAACGCACUGCUCUCUAAAAACAAGGUUGGAUUUGUUAAUGGAACCGUCGAGAGACCAAAAGAAAACUCUCAGGAUUUACAACCAUGGAUGCAGUGCAAUGCCAUUGUGCUUUCAUGGCUUACGAAUGCAAUUGCCAAAGAACUGCAGGGUAGUGCCGCACAUGUUGAAACUGCCAGAGAAAUUUGGGUAGAUUUGGAAGAACGUUUUGCCCAAGGAAUUUCACCAAAAGUUUAUGAAUUGAAGCGUGCCAUUACUCUCUUGCAACAAGAGAGAGCGUCUAUUUCAUCCUAUUAUGGUAAACUUAAGUCCGUUUGGGGUGAGUUGCAAAGUCUCGUUCCAACUCCGUCUUGCACAUGUGGUUGCGCUUGCGGUGUAGCAAAGAAGAUGCAAUCCAGAAGGGAGGAGGAAAAGGUUUUUGAUUUUCUAAUGGGACUUAAUGAAGCAUAUUCUCAAAUAUUAAGUGUCGACCCGUUGCCAGAAGAGCCUAUGCUAUCGCGGCUCAAGAAGAGAAGUAGAGAUCUGUUGCUGUGAAUCGCACACCCACUAUUGAAGGAACUGACUUGCUGACUAAAGGGGGUGAAUGACGACAAAGGAAAAUUGAAGAUGCGAGUCGGUAUCAAUUUCUACCUUGCAUACACUGUGGGAAAACAAAUCACAACAAAGAUUUUUGCUACACAGUGAUUGGUUAUCUUCAGAUUGGCGUGAACCUGGCAAGAAAAACAAAGAAGCAUACCAAUAAUGACAAGAUGCAGUUCCGUGGGAAUCAGAAGAAUCAGAAAUAAUCAAAUGCACUCACGGGUAUGGCCCUUGCCGCAACUACUAAAGGGGUUAUGUCACCAAUUCCAGGUAAGACAAAAGAGGAGUGGAUAGUUGAUUCAGGCGCUACGAAUCAUAUAACUCAUGAUAUAAACUCUCUCUCAAAUAAGAUAGUUGAUGUAGAUUUACCACCAGUGCAAAUCCCAAAUGGUGAUAUAGUGAAAGUUCAUGCCUUGGGCCAAGUGGCUCUUGGAAAAAGAUUAAUUCUUGAACAUGUUCUUGCAGUUCCUGAUUUUCGCUUUAAUUUAUUGUCAGUUAGUAAAUUGACAAAUGAUUUACAAUGUGCAGUAACCUUUGGCUCAAAUUCUUUUGUGAUUCAGGACUUACCUUCGAGUACACCGAUUGGAGUGGGUAGAAAGCGGAAUGGUCUUUAAUACUUGGAGCCGAUGGAACGGGGGCAAGCAUUGAUGGUUAAGAAGUCUGUUAGUGCAAUUUAUGGCAUCGACGCUUAGGGAAUUUACCGAUGAAUCAUAUUUCUCUAGUUCCUAGUUUAUCUAUUAGUUUUGAUGGCAAUAAAAGUAUGUUUUGUGAUGCUUGUUGUAAGGCAAAACAAACACGUUUAUUUUUCCCUACUAGUAUGAUUAAGAUCGAGCAUGCCUUUGAUUUAAUACAUUGUGAUAUUUGG